ACUGCCCGCCCCUACGCCUCACGCGCCUUACCGAACGCUACAAGGAAAUAACGUGCGCUUGGGUCUCACACGCCAAAACUCAUCAGACCACAACGGGGAUAUAUUUGAUAUCUAUUUAGUUAUCUUUAUACAUGUUUAGAUAUUUAAUGGUGACAUCCACGUUUACACAUGGCUACCAGGACCUUAACGCGAAUCUUCCUGGCCGCUGUGUUCGGACUGUCAGGGGUCCUGGCUGUACUUCCUCCUCCUGAUAAUGUACGAAUAUUUUCUGAGGACCUGGGACUGCAGCUCUUAUGGGACCCACCAGUGAACACCAGCAACAAGCUCAACUAUACUACACAAUACAGGGGUGCAGUGGGUUUGUCAUUUACUGCGGCGUGUGUGAGCCAAUGGGAGACGAGUUGUGAUGUCACGGACAGAAUCACGCCGUUCGGCAGCUACGUCCUGCGUGUGAGGGCGGAGCUAGGGGAGCAGGCCUCUGAUUGGGUGACCAGCCACGAGUUUAACGUGCUACAGAUGAGCAACAUCAGCGCCCCCUCUAUGGAGCUGCACACCCGGGGAGGGGAGAUUGAGGUGCAGGUGAAGGACCCGGUGAUGAGGAUAAGUGACUUCCAUGAGCUGUACCAGCCUGUGGAGUACGUCAUCAGCUACGGGAGAGAAGGAGAGGACCUCAGGUUGGAGGAGAGGAGUGAACAGAGUCAUGUGAUCUUGUCGGCCAAUCGUCUGACGGCUGAUGUGAAGUACUGCGUGCAUGUGCACAUCUCCAUUCCUGUGUUCAACAAGACCAGCGCCGCCAACCACACCUGCAUCAUCAACUCUGCUAAGGACCCUGGGGUCUAUUGCCUGUGGGGGACCUUAACGCGAAUCUUCCUGGCCGCUGUGUUCGGACUGUCAGGGGUCCUGGCUGUACUUCCUCCUCCUGAUAAUGUACGAAUAUUUUCUGAGGACCUGGGACUGCAGCUCUUAUGGGACCCACCAGUGAACGCCAGCAACAAGCUCACCUAUACUACACAAUACAGGGGUGCAGUGGGUUUGUCAUUUAAUGCGGUGUGUGUGAGCCAAUGGGAGACGAGUUGUGAUGUCACGGACAGAAUCACGCCGUUCGGCAGCUACGUCCUGCGUGUGAGGGCGGAGCUAGGGGAGCAGGCCUCUGAUUGGGUGACCAGCCACGAGUUUAACGUGCUACAGAUGAGCAACAUCAGCGCCCCCUCUGUGGAGCUGCACACACGGAGAGGGGAGAUCGAGGUGCAGGUGAAGGACCCGGUGAUGAGCUUAAGCAACUUCCAUGAGCUGUACCAGCCUGUGGAGUACGUCAUCAGCUACGGGAGAGAAGGAGAGGAACUCAGGUUGGAGGAGAGGAGUGACCAGAGUCAUGUGAUCUUGUCGGCCAAUCGUCUGACGGCUGAUGUGAAGUACUGCGUGCAUGUGCACAUCUCCAUUCCUAUGUUCAACAAGACCAGCGCCACCAACCACACCUGCAUCAUCAACUCUGCUAACGACACGGUGGCGGGGUGGCAGAUCGUGCUGGUGAUGCUGGGGAGUUUUGUGCUGGUGGGGUUAGCCACGCUGCUGCUGUUUGGCGUGGGCUGGUACUCCUACCGGGGCAUACGAUACCUCCACCCCAAAGCCAAGCUGCCAGAGCACUUCCUCAUACCGUCGCUGCUGCCCCCCCUCUCUCAGAUGGACCAGGCCAAAGGGCAGCCCGUGGAGCUGUGCCACCCCCUCAGCAUCAUCAUGGACACGCCACAGCCCCCUCUGCUGGACGGAGGGCUGCACUGCACCUCCCACACCCAGCCACUCCUGGAGCAGCAGCUGGAGAGGGAGGCAGGGGGAGGGGCAGGGGGGGAAUCAGAGCAGGACGGAGGAGGUGGUGUGGGGGACGGAGCCAUGUACGCUGGGGGAGAUGAGAUGGAGCCCUGUUUACCAUUGUAAACAUCAGUUGUUUAUAUGAAAGAAUGAAGGAUAUUUAUACUGAUGGAUCCCUUACGUUUAUACUUUAUCUGAUCUGUGUGUGUGUGUGUGUGUGUGUGUGUGUGUGUGUGUGUGUGUGUGUGUGUGUGUGUGCGUGUGUGUGCAUGCGCUUGAGUGUGCACAAGUGUACGUUUAUGUUUGUGUGUGUGUGUGAACAUUUUUAAUACAGUGUACACAUUUUUUAAAUUAGUUUUCCUAAUAAAACAUUUUCUACAAGUCUA